GCAGAUACAUUCGGAUUCAGAUGAAGGUGAUGGCUCCAUCAAAUACACAAUUUCCGGAGAGGGUGCUGGAUCCAUCUUUAUCAUCGAUGAACUCACUGGAGACAUCCAUGCCACUGAGCGUUUGGAUCGGGAGCACAAGACCUUCUACACACAUUGCGUGCCCAGGCCAGAGACAGACACACAAAUGAAUUACUUGAACCAGAGUCUGAAUUCAUCAUUAAAGUUCAGGAUAUUAAUGACAGUGAGCCCCGGUUCCUGCAGGCACCCUACAUUGGAAGCGUCCCGGAGCUGUCCCCUGUGGGUACGUCUGUGAUGGCUGUAUCAGCGUGGGAUGCUGAUGACCCAGCUUAUGGUAGCAGUGCAAGAGUGGUGUACAGUGUCCUGGAGGGGGAGAAGCACUUCACUGUGGACAGCAAAACAGGUGUGAUCCGGACAGCUGUGUCAGACCUUGAUAGAGAGUCUCAGGACCGUUAUGACGUUGUGAUCCAGGCGACAGAUAUGGCUGGUCAACUAGGAGGACUUUCAGGGUCAACAACAGUCACUAUAGUGAUCACUGAUGUGAAUGACAAUCCGCCAAGAUUCCCCCAGAAGCUAUACCGGUUCAAUGUGCUGGAGACUGCUCCCCCGGGCUCAGUGAUUGGACGACUAAAAGCCGAAGAUGCUGAUGUGGGAGAGAACACAGACAUGUUUUAUCAGAUUCAACAACAAGAGAUGGCAGCAUUGUUCAGCGUUACAACUGAUGCAGUCACCCAGGAGGCCAUCCUCAGCGUUCUUCAGCCUCUGGAUUUCGAGAUGCAGAAAGAGCACUCUCUGGUCUUAGAAGCCCAGAACCGCUUUGUGGAUCCUCGCUUCUCAGAUCUGGGCACCUUUCGGGAUCAAGCAAUUGUGAAGGUGUCAGUCCUGGAUGUAGAUGAACCUCCUAAGUUUCACCCACUAAGUGGGGUCAUUGAAGUUUCUGAGGAUGCACACAUUGGAUCAGUAGUCGUGGUAAUUACAGCCAGUGAUCCAGAUAAAGCCAACAACUCAGUCAGGUAUUUACUGGACAAAUCAUCAGAUGAUGGAAUUUUCGAAAUAGAUGAAGAGACGGGUGAAGUUAGAAUAACUAAACCACUGGACCGUGAGACCUCUGGCUGGCACAAUCUGACUGUUCAGGCAAUGGAAGCAGAUGAUCCUCAGAAGAUUUCAUCGCUCGCCCUGCAAAUUCGCAUCCUGGAUGUAAAUGAUAAUCCUCCUGAGCUGGCUACACCUCAUGAGUCUUCUGUUUGUGAGGAUGCUUUACCUGGGCAGCUCAUUCAGACUAUCAGUGUGGUGGAUCGAGAUGAGCCAAUGGGGGGGCAUCGGUUCUACUUCAGACUUGCACCUGACCCCAGUGCGGAGCAUCACUUUACUCUGCUCAAUGUCAAGGAUAACACAGCUUCAGUACAUACACACCGGAUGCCGUUUGACAGGAGAGAGCAAGACAUGUAUAUCUUACCAAUUCUGGUUGUUGACGGAGGUACACCAGCGCUAAGUAGUACAGGAACCCUUACUAUACGAGUAUGUGGCUGUGACAGCACUGGCGCUGUGCAGUCAUGUAACACUACUGCCUAUGUGAUGGCUGGGAGUCUCAGUCCUGGAGCACUUAUCGCCUUGUUGGUGUGUGUCCUGAUUCUUGUUGUGCUGAUUCUUCUUAUUCUGGCUCUAAAACGACACCACCAGGGUCAUCUGGCAUCGGAUGAGGAUGAAGAUAUGAGGGAUAACGUCAUCAAGUACAAUGAUGAGGGCGGUGGAGAACAGGAUACAGAGGCCUAUGACAUGUCAGCCUUGCGGAGCUUAUACAACUUCAGUGAAGGAAGCGAGGCUGGAGGGGACAGUUCACUUGCUUCCCAGCGUCACCCACUGCCUCAGUGGUUUCCAGGGGCUGAAAUGGACUUUUCACUCUUCAGAGACUACAUCAGUAGAAAAGUGAGGAUGGCAGAUCAGGACUCAUCAGUGCCUCCUUAUGACUCCUUUCAGACUUAUGCCUUUGAGGGCUCUGGCUCCAGUGCAGCCUCUCUCAGUUCCAUUAGCACCUGGUCUACGACUUCAGAGCAAGACUUUUCUCAGUUGGGCUCUUGGGGCCCCAGAUUUCGCCAACUGGCUGCUCUAUAUGCUGGACACAAGGGGCAGGAAGAAAGCCAGGGGUCCUAG